GGGUCACAUGGGCCCACAGGUCUCUAUUAGGUGAGCUGUAUUUGAGUUUGCUGGAAACUGUCUGCGUCCUAGGCCCUCGAGAAUAAGACUCCAUCCUUCUCCUUGUGGACAUCUCAGGAACCGUGUAGUCAUGUCUGAUACAGAGGAAGUGGUGGAGGAGGAGAUGCAGGAAGAAGUUGAGGAGGAGGUCACAGAAGAAGUGCCCGCCCCUGAAGUGGAAGAACCAGAAGAUGAAGUAGAAGAAACAGAAGUAGAAACAGCUGAAGUAGAAGCUCCUGCUGAGGAGGAGGCUACAGAUGAGACGAAACCAAAGCCAAAGAUGUUCAUGCCAAAUAUUGCAGCUCCAAAGAUUCCUGAGGGAGAAAAAGUGGACUUUGAUGACAUCCACAGGAAGCGUCAGGAGAAGGAUUUGGCUGAACUGCAGUCGCUCAUCGAAGCUCAUUUCAUCCAGAGGAAGAAGGACGAGGAGGAGCUUAUUGCUCUGGUCAAUAGGAUUGAGAAGCGUCGUGCAGAGAGGGCAGAACAGCAGAGGAUCCGCACAGAGAAAGAAAAGGAAAGGCAAGCCCGUCUGGCGGAGGAGAAGGAGAGAAGAGAGCAAGAGGAACAGAGGAAGAAGCAGGAUGAGGAUGCCAAGAAGAAGAAAGCUCUUACCAACAUGACGCACCAGUAUGGUGGAAUCCAGCAGAAGAUGGAGGGUCGUAAAGGAGCAAAGAAACAGACUGAGAGGGAGAAAAAGAGGAAGAUCCUGGCUGAAAGGAGAAAGCCACUCAACAUCGACCAUCUGUCUGAGGACAAACUGAAGGAGAAGGCCAACGAGCUGUGGCAGUGGAUGAUGGAGCUGGAGGCUGAGAAGUUCGACCUCAGCGAGAAACUUAAGAAACAGAAAUAUGAUAUGACUCUUCUCCAGUCCAGAAUCAAUGAACAGCAAAAGUUUGCCAAAGGCCGUGGCAAGGGCAAGAUGGGCGGCAGGCUGAGGUAAACAUGCAGCAACCCGAGGUGUACCAGGAACUCAGAAGACUGAAUUUGUGUCAUUCAAAGAUGGACAGCAGUCACUCCAUACCACUGUACUGUUUAACUGUACAUGUAGCA